UAAAGUUGCCUGACAAGUCAAGAGGGAGAGGGAGAGCAGAUUGAACCAUGAGAGAGAACCUUAGCAGUGUGUCAUCCCAAAACAUGGCGUUCACUGACUGUAUGAAACCCACUGACCUGUCCACAGAGAAGAAGGGAAUAAAGAGGAAAAACUGGAGAAACAGAAUAGCAUUUCUCUUGAAGACAAAUUCCUCCCAGUCAAUAUUCCAUAUGCUGAAAAACAGAUCUUACAGGCCAACAGCUGAUGACGUGAACCAAUGGGCACAGUCACUUGACGCACUGCUCAGUAAUAAAUUUGGAAAAGCUGCCUUUUUUGUCUUCCUGAAGUCUGAGUUCUGCGAAGAGAACAUUGAGUUUUGGAUGGCUUGUGAAGAGUUCAGCAAGCACACAUCCCACAAAGACCUGGCAUCCAAGGCCAACAGCAUUUAUGAGGACUUCAUUAGAAGUGAAGCUCCCAAAGAGAUAAACCUGGAUUUCCACACCAAAAAUGCUAUCGUCCAGAACCUCCGUGAGCCCACUGCGACGAGCUUCCUGGCAGCUCAGCGGAAAGUCUACAGCCUGAUGGAGAACAACUCCUACCCCAGGUUUCUCCACUCUGACCUCUACAAAGAGCUGUGUGAAGCAGCCAGGAGGGAAGGCAAGCAUGUUAAGUCCUAGUCAAACGAGACGGCCCGUCCUGAAGUCAUUUGUUUACCGUUGUGACUGUGUGAAUUGACCGCUGAUGAUGUUCAUCCCAGGCGAUACCUCGGUAAUAGACGCAAAUGCAAAUCCUGAGUAUAAACAUUAUCAGCAAGUGUGGAAAAUGCAAAACUGAAGCCAUUUUUAUUCCGUCCUGCUGAGAGCUUUUGGCAAUGACGUUCAGAUGACGAGGCUGAAUGCAAUACACUGCUGCAAGCAGAGCAAUUCACCAGGAUUAAGAGGUCACAUUUUCUUCUCUGGGUCAUUACCUGCGUUUUCUUUAUAGCACUAUGAGAAUUUUUUCAGCAGUGAUGCAGUUCAAGGAAAGCUGCUGGAAAAGCUGCUGGAGUGCACCUGCAUUCAAAGCUAUAAAAGACUUGAUGUCUGUCCGAACAGACAGCAUGUUAGAAUGUAUUUCUGUGCUGAAGUCCACUUUAAAGCUUUGUACAGCUGUCAUAUACACAGAACUUCUUAUAUGACCCUGGUUUUCAUUGCCACAUUGCUCUGCUGGAUCUGUUUACGUAAA